CUGCAAUUGACUUCCGUUCCAAGUACGGUGGCUGAGGAGGCUCCUUGGCAGUCACCUUCCUGUGCUGUUCGCGGGAGUGGUGACUAUGGCUCAGAGCUCUCCGCCGCCCUUUGACCCCAGCAGCCCCCCCCUUAUCGAGGGCUUCAUCCCCACCCCCCUGCACCGGGAGGGGUUCCGGGACAAGUUCCUGCGCAAGAGCCGCGAGAACCCGCUGGUGCCCAUCGGCUGCCUCUCCACUGCAGGGGCUCUGACCUAUGGACUCAUUUGCUUCCAGAAGGGCAAUACCCGCCAGUCCCAGCUGAUGAUGCGGGCCCGUGUCCUGGCUCAGGGCUUCACCAUUGCUGCCAUCAUGGUGGGGGUGGUGGCCACAGCGAUGAAAGCUCAGAAGUGAGGUCAGGCUGGCCAUGAGCUGCAGCCUCCAGGAGUGGACAGACAACCUGUGCUUCAUGUUGUAGAAAUGGGCCCUUUGGCUGCUUUCAUCUUGCUGGGGAACCAUCUCAGAGGUGGUGGAGCAAUUAUUAAAGAUCCUAGUGGGUCCUAGAGUUUUGGAAAUGCAGCGAAUACACCUGAGUGAUUAAACCUAAAACCUGA